AUAAACUAAAUCCAAACAAAACCUUAAUAUUUAGAAUAUUAAUAAAUAACCAAAGAAACACAUAUUCCAAAUCACAAUCCUUUUUCAAAAAUGGAAGAUUAUUCAUCCAUCCAAAUUCUCUCACUCUUCCUCCUCUUUCUCUCUCCACUCCUCCUCCUCAAAUGGUUCCUUUCUUCUCAAACCAACAAGAACAAGAUCAACCCACCGCCUUCCCCUCGAAAGAUUCCGAUCAUCGGCCAUCUCCACUGCUUCGCCAAAGACCCUCACCGCUCUCUUCUCUCCCUAUCCCGCCGCCACGGCCCCAUCAUGCUCCUCCACCUCGGCAGCUCCCCUGCCGUCGUGAUCUCCUCAGCCGCCGCCGCCAAAGAAAUCAUGAAAACCCACGACCUAAUAUUCUCCAACCGCCCUGUAUUCAAAGUCAACCGCAAGCUCCUCUACGAUCUCAAGGACGUCUCUGUCUCCCCUUACGGAGAGUACUGGCGGCAGUUGAAGAGCAUUUGUGUUCUUCAGUUGCUGAGCAACCACAAAGUCAAAUCAUUCAGGUCUGUAAGGGAAGAAGAGGUCUUGUUGAUGAUUGAAAAGAUCGAGGAAUCUAGAGGGAAGAACAUUCAAGUGAAUCUGAGUGAGAUGUUUUCGAAGUUAGCUAAUGAUAUUGUGUGUAGGGCUUCGUUUGGGAGGAAAUAUGAUGAGGGGGAGAAGGGGAUGAGAUUCAGGCGUUUGUUGACGGAGUUUUUAGUGGUUUUGGGAACGGUGAACGCCGGCGAUUUCAUGCCGUGGCUGAGUUGGAUUAAUAAGUUGAAUGGUUGGGAUAAUAGAGUAGAUAGGGUGGCUAAGGAGAUGGAUGACUUUUUAGAGGAGGUGGUGGAAGACAAGAUGAAUCAAAGAAAAUUUGAGGAGAUCGUGGAUGAAGAUCAUGAUGAAAGGAAAGAUGAUUUUGUUGAUAUUCUAUUGAGGAUUCAUAUGAGCCAAGAAACAGGGGUUUCAAUUGAUAGAGAUAGUGUCAAAGCCAUUAUCUUGGAUAUUUUCUCAGCUGGAACAGACACAACAUCGACCAUCUUAGAAUGGGCGAUGACAGAGUUAUUGCGACACCCUAACGCGAUGAAAGAGUUACAAAAUGAGGUAAGAAAAGUUGCUAAUGGAAAAUCCAUAGUAACCGAAGAUGACAUAGAAAAUAUGUCUUAUUUGAAAGCGGUCAUAAAAGAAACCCUAAGAUAUCACACACCUAUUCCUCUUCUUGUUCCAAGGGAAGCAACUCAAGAUGUUAAAGUCAUGGGCUACGACAUAGCUGCUGGCACCAUUGUCUUUAUCAACGGAUGGGCUAUAGGUAGAGACCCGGUUUCAUGGGAUGAUCCAGAAGAGUUCAAACCUGAUAGGUUCCUCAACUCUUCUAUUGAUUAUAGAGGUCGUGAUUUUGAACUAAUCCCAUUUGGAGCUGGUAGAAGGGGAUGUCCCGGGAUUUCAUUUGGUAUCGCUACCAAUGAGCUCGCAUUAGCCAACAUUGUGAACAAAUUCAAUUGGGAGCUCCCUAACAGGAUGAAGGGAGAGGAUUUGGAUGUGGACGAAUGUAUUGGUGUCACAAUUCACCGCAAAAAUCCCCUUAUAGCUCUUGCAAUGUAAUUAAAAGAAUCAUUGAAACUAAUGAUGAUCAAAUGGUUGUAAUAUUUUUAGACUUAUUCUAU